GUUGUGCUCUCAUGAAACACAAUAUGAGAACCUUUUUGGGAGACGUGAUCGGGUUGACGAGCUUAUGCAUACACUCUCAUUCUUUGAGGAGUGCCCCCCGUAUGAUAGGUGGUUGACCAUGCCAGAUAUGGGGCACAUUAUCUCAUCAUGCUAUAAUGUGGUUCUGAUAUAUUUAUCCAUGUCAUUAUCUGUCACAUUUUUACCAACCAAGACGAUGUCAUUGCCCUUGUUAGAGCGCCGUCACAUUGCCAUCGGUUCAGUCAACGACAACCACUUUGUUCAGGUGUUUCUGUUUCCAGGGCAUCCUAUGCCUCCUGUUUUGGAUUGUUGGCACCGAGUUUGCCUACCAGAUGCUGAGGGUUGGCAAACUGCCUACACUGAACGUAUUCAACGUUUUAGAGAGAUUGUUGAUUCAGAUGUGGCUACCAGAGAGACUGCAUAACUCAAUAACUAAUGACCUUAAUUGGUUGACAUUGUAUUUUAUACUCAUGGUCAGCUAACUAUAUUGUGUAUGCUUAGUAAAAUACAAGAUGGACAAAAUAUGAAUACAAAGUUACAUGUAUUAUUUGGCCAAA